AUGCCGCAGCAGGCGUGGUCCUCCCGACUCCUCGCUCGUGACCAGCAGCCACCCGCGGCGCGGCUGCUGAUUGGCUGCGGCGCCAGUUUCUGUUACGUGUUGCCACGGUACGGCGUGGCCUCGUGGAUGUCAGAUGAUCUGGCCAGCCCGUUAAAGCGGCCGGCAGAGCUGGGUGUGGGCAGCGAGAGCCUCCAGCCAAUCACCACACAGCCUCGAGCCACCACCGCCAGCUGGCCACCGCAGGGGCACCCACCGCGCUGGAGCAGCCCGUCGGUUUCCCGCGCUGCUUUAGGGGCGCCCUGA